AUUAGAAGGAAAAUUAUUAUCAAAUAAUCUUUUGCAAUUAUCUUUUGAUUAGGAUUUUAAAAACGAAAUUACUAUUAAAUAAUAUUUAUAAUUACUUUUUAGUAAAAUUUGUUUUUGUUAAUAUCUUAGUAGAUAUAUUUUUAAUUAUGAGAUAGAGUAACACAUGUCACAAUCUUAAAAUAUAUAAUUAUUUUGUGUCGAGAUCAUAUUAAUUAGUAAUUUUGAAGAAUCAAACUUUAUAUAAUAAGAUAUAUAUUGGGAACCUUAGCUAGAUUGGGUUACUGUCCUAAUGUUCAUAUGAAAAAAAAAAACAUAAUUUAAAUGGCAUGCGCAUGUACAAAUUUUCAUAUAAUCUUCAACACUUCUGUAAGAAUCUCACAUGAUAUCAGUUUCAAAAAAAAAAAGAAUCUCACAUGAUAUGAAAACAAGGUCUUACAUGUUUGCAGGGAAAGUAUGUGUUCUUUCUUCCUCAUAUUACUUUUUCAUUCUUGUUUGGGGGAUUGCAGGACUUCAAAUAUUUCAUUAUGUACACUUUGAAUAAUAUAUAACUCAGUAACCAGGCAUAUCAAGCAGAUAUAUAAUAUAGUUACCUAUAUAUACAAUUACCCAACAUAAGUUAUAAUCUAAAUAAUUUUCUUCUCAAAAUGUAGUUUAUUCGAAUCUAUCGACUGGUUUGAAACAAAAAUAUUAUUUAUUUUUAUUAUGUAACAAUUUUGAUAAAUACCUUUGUUCAGCAAAGAAUAAAAAAUUCUUACAAAAACUCGUCCAACUCAAAUACUCAUACAGGUAUGUACAUAUAAUAUAUUCACCCAUGCAUGUAUUUCUCAUAUUUUAAUUGUUUAAUUUGUAGAUACAUCAUUUGGGGAGAUUACAGUAAUGACAGCAAAUGAUUCCUCUGAAGCAGUAUAUCCAGGCUUAGAGGUCAAUGCAACAACAUUGAUAUUGUAAUCAACGAUUAUGAUAUCCCUGGUUUGAAUGGUUUGCAACUUAAAAAGAAGAUUAAAGAAGAAUUUGGAAAUCUACCUGUUAUUGGUAAGGGUUUUCCAUCCCACUUAUCGAACGUUAAUUAUUUUUUUUUCAUAUCAACAAGUUAUUAUAUAUAUAAUGAUAUUUUUUUAAGAAAAUAGCUGAUAAUUAGAAAUAUAACUUUUUACUGUCCCCAUUGCUUAGUUUUUAACCUUUUACUGAUUUGCUUUGCACGGGCUAACAUGUUUGGUUAUAGACUCUGUUUCUUUUCACCCCAUUUUUAAUCAAUUUACGGAAACACACAAAAAUAACGUCUAUUUAAAAUUAGUCAUAUAGACAUCCCUAUAAUAAUAAUAAAAGAAGCAUUGCGCGAUGACAACCAGAGCUUGACAAAUUAUCAGUAAAAUUUGAAGCAAAAAUCAAAAUGUGAUAUUCGUAAAAAAUGAAACAAAUCACAAAUAUUAUUUUCUGAAAAAGUGGAUAUCCGAUCCGAUUUGUAUAUUUAUAGAUAUAUAAUGUACUGUAUAUACAAACUACUAUUAUAUCUAUACAUAUUUUAUGAUAUAAUUUGAUUAAUUUUUAUUUUAAAUUGUUUUUUCAAAUUUCUUUUGUUUAUUGCAUAUCUAAUUUAAUUUUAUAUUGAGUCAAAUGUUAACAUAUGAGUUUUCUUAUUAGGCUUGUUAAUAUUGAAUUUUGCUCACAAUUUAUGUUAAAAAUGUUAAUAUGAUAUUAUUAUUUUAUUUAAUUGAUAUUUUAAAAAAAUUUAUUUAAUUUUAAUGUUAUAUUUUAUUUUUUUAUUUAAAAUAUAUAUAUAUAAUUAACGGAUUGAAUCGUAUAAUCCGCAACUAUUUAAAAAAACUCCGGAUAUCAAGAAUUUUUGGAUCGAAACGAAUCACAAAUGUAAAUAUUCAUUUGGGACGGAUCGAAUCAUGAAUAAUGCAAAUUUUUCGGAUAUCCACCCCUUAUCCAGGCCUAAUGACAAGGCAACAAGAUAACCAUUGCUUGUAAUUAUUUUAGGUGAUUAAUAUAAUUGUAUGUCCCUCAAUAGAAAGAGAUGAUAUGAUGUUGACAAAGAAACAAAAGAAAUUUUACUUGUGACUGUUUUUGAGAUAUAUUAUUAAAUUUCAUUGCUCAAAAUUACCUGUAUUUUUUUUGAUAAAUAUUUUCCAAAUCUUUGCUCAAUAAAAAAUAAUAUAUAUAUAAAGAUAUAUAUAUAUAUAUAUAUAUAUUAAAAAUCUAAAAUGAGAAGUAUUCAUUUCCUAUUUAAAAGGGACCUGUUUUUAGAAAAUAUAUAGGGACUACUAUAAAAUGAGAAAAUAAAUCAAAAUCUUCUUUAUAUGUAUAUAUGUAACACUUAAUGACAGCUAAGGUAAACCAAUACUAUCCUUUUAAAUAUGACAUAUAUAUAAUAUAUAUAAACAUAACAAUGCAAUAAGAAAAUCUUGCAAAGAAAAACUAAUUAUCAAAGAUCACAGGUCAGUGUUGAUAAGAAGAAGAAAACAACACUAUAAGCCACUAAUUGAUAUGCAAUAUCUUAAACAUCGUCGUUGGUUAAUUUGUUCUUAAAUUGUUUUUCUUAUAGUCUCAGUUGAUGAUGCUAACAAGCUCCUUUCCGACUUUUGUCUGUGUUUGAUUGAUUUCUACAGUGAUUUCAGCAAACAUGGAAAAUGAAAUUGAGCAAGAAAGGUUAUCCUGUGGAGCACCGUGCUUCGUAAGAAAACCGAUCAAACCAAACGAUCCCAACAACAUGUGGAAGCAUGCUCUAGACCGCAGAAUUAACGAUGGUUCAAUCCAGGACGAUACAGAUGGUUCAAUCCAGGACGAUACAGAUGGUUCAGAGAAAAUCCAGGAGAAAACUUCAAGUAGCGAUCCAUGUGAUGGAGAUUCUUCAUUAAAGAAGACUAAAAGGGUUACGAUCAAAUGGACGUCAGCCCUUGAAAAUGAAUUUUUCAUGGCCAUUGAACACAUUGGCCUUCAUAAGGCCACGCCUAAGAGGAUUUUAAAAUUCAUGGACCAGAAAUCCCUGACGAGAGCACACAUAGCCAGCAAACUACAGAAGUACCGACGAAACUUGAAAAGAGAUGAAGAUCAAAGAAUGAAGGACAGAAUAGCUAUGCACUCAACAUUUUCAUCAGCAGAUGGCUACAUCAACCCACAACACUCUUACAACUACAACACAAGGCUAGGCAACAACAAUCUUUUCAAUGUCCAACCUGGCUAUGGUCUCGGUCAAACUAGCUUCAUGGGGAACAACAAUGCUGGUUUACAUGACUCUCUCAACUGUAUGAACCGUAGACCCACCUAUGAUUUGAGCCAAACCGGAUCCAAGUUGCUUCCCAUGAGAGGCAAUCUUGGGUUUCAAAACGGUAUGCUGCCUGUAAAAGAGGAAUGGAGAAGCAUUCCCGGAACAUCUCAAGCUCCUAGGUUUGGACAAUAUGGUACAACAAGCAAUGCUUUGGGUAUGAACUAUAAUCCUACUACUGGUACUAUGGGCAGUAAUAAUUACGUUGGGAUCAGAGGAGAUGAAAAUGGAGAUUUGGUUGGACUUGGUGGAUUAAGAGUUAAUGGUAAUGGUAAUGGCUCUUUCAGUGGAGCAAGGGUUCAUGGUACUGGUAGUGGCUCUCUUCAAGGAAUGAGCGUUUAUGGUAAUGGUCAUGGGUCGUCUCUUGGUGGAAGAGGAGUUCAUGGUACUGGUAAUGGCUCUCUUGAACGAAUGAGAGUUCCUGGUAAUGGUCAUGGUACUGGUAAUGGCUCUCUAGGUGGAAUAAGAGUUCAUGGUACUGGUAAUGGCUCUCUUGAAAGAAUAAGAGUUCCUGGUAAUGGUCAUGUUACUGGUAAUGGUCAUGGUACUGGUAAUGGCUCUCUUGGUGGAAUAAGAAUCCAUGGUAAUAAUAAUGGAAUAAGAAUUCAUGAUACUAGUAAUGGCUAUGGCUCUUUUGGUGGAGUAAAAGUUCAUGGUACUGGUAAUAGUAAUUUCUCUCCUGAUGGAAUCAUAGUUCAUGGUAAUAGUAACAGUAAUGACUCUCUUGGUGGAAUAAGAGUUCAUGGUACUGACUCUGUUGGUGGGAUAAGAGUUCAUGGUACUGAUGCUGGCUCUGUAGUUGGAGGAAAUGUUCAUGGUACUAGUAAUGGUAAUGGUUCUCUUGGUGUAAAUUUUGGCAUGAACUGUAACUUCAAUAACAACAACAUGAGCAACCAUGGAAGUUCAACUCCAAUGUUUCCUUCUGAAUUGUCAUCGUUCUUUGGUAAUAAGGAUCAGUCACAAAACAACUUGAUUGCUCAAACUGGUGGUGUGAUCCCUGCACUAGAGAAACCCAAAAUGUUUAGUGAUCACCAUGACAUCAACGAGGUUUUUUCUGAUACAAAUAACUCUCAGUUUCAUCAGAAUCAGCAUCAAGGUAACCUGGCUGGUGUAAAUGUUGGCAUGAACUGGAACUUCAAUAACAACGACAUGAGUAACCAUGGAAGUUCAACUCCAACGGUUCCUUCUGCAUUGUCAUCGUUCUUUGGUAAUAAGGAUCAGUCACAAAACAACUUGAUUUCUCAAACUGGUGGUGUGAUCCCUGCACUAGAGAAACCCAAAAUGUUUAGUGAUCACCAUGACAUCAACGAGGUUUUUUCUGAUACAAAUAACUCUCAGUUUCAUCAGAAUCAGCAUCAAGGUAACCUGGCUGGUGUAAAUGUUGGCAUGAACUGGAACUUCAAUAACAACGACAUGAGUAACCAUGGAAGUUCAACUCCAACGGUUCCUUCUGCAUUGUCAUCGUUCUUUGGUAAUAAGGAUCAGUCACAAAACAACUUGAUUUCUCAAACUGGUGGUGUGAUCCCUGCACUAGAGAAACCCAAAAUGUUUAGUGAUCACCAUGACAUCAACGAGGUUUUUUCUGAUACAAAUAACUCUCAGUUUCAUCAGAAUCAGCAUCAAGGUAACCUGGCUGCUGUAAAUGUUGGCAUGAACUGGAACUCCAAUAACAACAACAUGAGUAACCAUGGAAGUUCAACUCCAAUGUUUCCUUCUGCAUUGUCAUCGUUCUUUGGUAAUAAGGAUCAGUCACAAAACAACUUGGUUUCUCAAACUGGUGGUGUGAUCCCUGCACUAGAGAAACCAAAAAUAUUUAGUGAUCACCAUGACAUCAACGAGGUUUUUUCUGAUACAAAUAACUCUCAGUUUCAUCAGAAUCAGCAUCAAGGUAACCUGACUGGUGUAAAUGUUGAGGCGCCUACUGCUUAUCCUCUUGAAGACAUUAGCAGUUGGAGUUUCAAUGACGGUACCAAUAAUGAAGAGAUGUUGGACACUCUCGUUGCUAAUCUGGAGAUGUAUUUGCCUACUCAGGACAUGAACAUUACAAAUCAGGGUAAUAAUCAUGAAGAAAUGUUUAACUCUCUUGCUGCUAAUCCGGAGAUGCACUUUCCUACUCAGGACAUGAACAUUACAAAUCAGGCAAGUCUUGUUUCUAUUGCUGAAAGAUUCUUUUUGACCUUAGAUUGCUUUCAUGUAAAAAGACGUGACAAAUCAUUGAUAUUUGAAAACUGAUUGCAUAGGAACAUGGUAGUUUUGACCUAAUUAUUUUGAUAGUCUUACUCGAACUUUACACUCUGCAAGAAAAACACGUUAUAUUUGUGAAAAUAUUGUGACGAAAUGUAUUUUUCCAGUUUUCCAUUUAUACACGUCUUUAUCUAUUAUAUUAUAUUAAAUUUACGAAAUGUUAUAUUUGAAUUACAGUACACCCAACUUCUUAUAUCAAAUUUAUUUACUGUUGUGUGUUUGUAUAUUUUAUAGGAUUGUGACGAUGAAGACUUCAUGGACUAUUUGAUCGAUCCUGACAUGAAUUGAAAAAGCUCUUUCAGUUUCGCUGACUUGAAAAUUUACAUUAAGCAUUUAUAAACAAGUUCGGCCUGGUGCUUUCAAUGCUGGGACUAUUUGAUUAUUUAUUUUAUUCAAAACUGGGACUAUUUGGUUAUUUAUUUUAUAUGUUUAAUUGGUUGUAUUGAAGAACUAUGAAUAUUUCAUAUAUAACUUUCCUAUAAAAAUAUUUGUUUUUAUGAAGCUUAGUGCUAAACAAGUCUUCCAUAUUUUUUUCUCAACAAUAUACAUUAUGCGUUUUGAACUCGGGCCGGGUAAUGAAACAUCUUUACAUCAACGAUGCUACCAGCUAAAAGCUAGACUACAUAUAUGACCAAGUCUUAGAGUUAUUUAGAGAUAGACUUGGGUUAUAUAUUAACUGAAAUAUGAUUGAUUACUAGUAAAUAAAAUUUCUGUUAUAUUGCAAUGUAUUAUAGUUUAUUAUUACGACUGUUUGGAAGUUUAUGGUUUGUUUCAACGGUUUGUCCCUAUCUAUUUAACAUAGAUUGUCUUGUCAUGGACCGUUUCGCAUUUGAACUGUCGCUGUUACAAGUUACAACACCACCACAUUUACUACUUAGUGUGGCAACUCAUAAACAUAUAGUUCAACACUUGCUUGAAUUGUUUUGAGAUUCUCAAAAAAAGUUAUGAGUUGAGGAACUACAUGAAUAUAUCUAUUGUAGAUUUGUUAUUUAAAGAAGAAAAUUAGAACAUUCUCACGCGACGCGAUUAACUUAGGUCUCAUUAUUGGUUGAAGCUAUCCUUAAGGCUAUAAGCCUACGACACACGACACAAUUAAACCUAAAUGUUCAACCACAAAAACAUGCACAAUUAGAAAGAACAAAAACCCACAUAUAUUACAAAAUCUGAAAAUAUAUAA